AAAAAUUAUCAAAAUAAGGUUGAAGGCUAAUCUGAAUGUAUAAAUAAGCGCCGAAUGGUGCUUGUAAAACUACAUUAACGAACUAAAAUGGGUAUCCCAAUUUGGUGCCUUGCGCUUUUGCCUGUGAUACUUCAUGCGGCACCGCUUCCAAAGCAAUUUCAAAACGAACACAUCAUCCACUGCGUAAAAGAGUUGGGAAUUGAGAAAGAUGACAUGGAAAAGGUUAUGGACGAGAAUCAUCACAUCGUCGACGGUCCAGUGACACGUUCUCUAGCGAGGUGUUACUUUAAAGAAGAGGGUCUUUUCAAAAAUGGCGAAUUUGUUACGGAAACGGUCGUCGACUUCAACACCAAUGUAACCGUACCGUUUUUCAAACCCGAAGCUCAGAACCCUAGGGAAGUGGCUGAAAGGGCAUUUGAGGUAUGCAAAAAUGUUAACGAUGGAGACACAGGAGAAAGACUUGUUCAUUUCUCUAACUGUAUGAUAUCAGAACUACAAAAGUAAUUACGUGUUAUAUUUCGAUUAACCAUUUGUAAAUCAAGCAGACUGAUUUUAUUAAAGUUGAUCGAUACGAUA